GGAGACAGAGAGAGAGAGGUGGCAUGCAGCCAACAGAGAGGACAGGGAAAAGUUGUGAGAUAGCCAGAGGGACGGGCAGGGAAGAGAGUCAGCAUCAUUUUUGGGCUCUGCUGAGGAGGAAUGAGAGCAGAGGCUUUUCCUCCUGUCCGUCUUUCUGUCUUUUCGAUAGUCUCCCCCCCUUCUCUCCUCUCUAAUUGUCUCUUAUCCCGGCUGCCGCUGCAAUGUGGCUGUCUCUGCAGUGAAAGUGCUGGCUGGCGGAUUCUCCUUGAGUGAACCCUGACUGUGCGCAGUGAGCGUUUGCCGCUCCGCCGCUGUCCUGUCCACACUGACUCAGCUGUGCAGGCAGCCUGCCGGCCUCUGAUUGAACACCAGCUGCAGGGAGCAGUCUCUUCCACAGGAUUGCUGUAGGGGCUGGCAGGCAGGCUCACCACCCCCCUGGGAUUGCUGGGACGUGCACUGGUUGGGGUGCAGACACCCAGACAGCAUCAUCCAGAUUGAAUCCGGAGAGGCUGAGUUGUGCUAAAGGAUAUUCUACUAGCUAUCCCGUGCGUGGGCUGGAGCAGUAUUUGUUUUGGAGCACAUCUGGCUGCGAUGGAGGUCCAGUGGGCUGGGGUUGAACCCCUGAGGCUGGGCCCUCCACACACAGCCGUCGGCUUGAUAUUCUCUAUACUGCUUGGCGUGUGGCCCAUUCAGGCCCUCGAGAUGUUUGUUGGAAAGAUUCCCUUCCUGGUAGCAGUGAAUGGCAGCACAGUAAUGUUGCCUUGCACCUACUCCAGCUGCAUCGGCAUCAAGAACCUCUACUUCAACUGGCAAUUCAAUGACAACGGCACCAUGCAGAAGGUGUGUGAGUCAGUGAUAGCUUCAGAGGGGGUGGUGCCACAUGUGAGUAUAUAUCGAGACCGGGUGGAGUUUGUGGGGAAAAACGAUCACAACAACAUCUCCAUCUUGCUGUGGAACAUCACCUUCGAGGACGGAGGCUAUUACACGUGUUUCGGACGCAACCCCAAAGAGAAGGGCAGGAACCACAGUGCCACCUUCCACCUCAUUGUGGUGGACGAGUUGAGGGUGGUGGACAACACGCUGGCCACCAUCAUAGCCUCAGCUGUGGGCGGAGCCAUCGCAGCGUUAAUGGGCUUCAUGUUGCUCAAGAACUUCACUCUGUAUGUUCUUGCCAAGAUGGAGGAGAAAAAUAAGGAGUGCCUUGUAUCUUCAUCAGGGAUCGACAACACAGAAAAUGGCCUCUCAGGAUCCAAAGCUGAUUCAAAAGCGACACCAAAAAAGAAAUGAGAAAGUGCAUGUAAAUAUAACCAUAAUAUUCAUAUUUAUGUACCUUCUUUGCAUAUAUUUGAAUAUGCACAUGUGUUUGCACACAUGCAAAGUCAUUAUGUUCAAGUUGGGAUCUUAAAACUCUGCCUGGCUGUGGCCUUCAAACGGGAAUAUAAACAUGUGCACAGCGAUGUGCACAGAGUAGUAACUGUGAAGAUGAUAUACAACUAAAGAAUGUGCAGACGAGUGAGUGCACAUGUCGUUUUUUAAAAUGUGCACACAAUGUAAUCAUUAACAUCUAAAGUGUAAAUACACCUGCCAGGGACAUUUCAUCUUGAGUAUUUUGGAUCAAUGUCUUCAUCAUAUAUUCACCUCCUACUUGCCAACUGGUCUCCCAUAAAUCUGCCGCCUUUGCCCACACAUUACCAGAAAAAAAUCAUAGACGGUAUAAAAUAUGGGCAUGACGUCACCCACAGGUUUUUGAAGAGCUGUUGUGAAGCUCAGAGUGUGGUGGCUCUGGCCGCAGCCAUUUUGGCAGUCCUGUUUCUGCCACCCACAUGGGCAAAGACUGGAUCGUGGGUGGAGCUGAGCCGAGUUGAAUCAUGCCAAAUUGCUCAAACAAACCUGUAACAGCAUCCAUCAGUCAUAUCUAUAAAUUCACGCUCAGUACAGUUGUGAUGAACGGGGAAAAUUAGCUAUAGAGAAACAGUUUUUUGUACCAGGCUGUAAACAUGUUUAUUUCUGCUGUGAAGUUGGACAUUUUAACAUGGAGACUGAUUCGUUGCGUAGCCAGCCUCAAGUGGAUGUUCGAGGCAGCCAUGGAGGCUGCAGCUUGAAAAAAACACAUUAUAGUUGUUUGUUUUCAAGGAGUAAGCCGAGCGCAGUCAGUAACCGUGUCACAGUUUGACAGCAUCCACUUCUACUUCAUAAAAUGUGACCUGAUGGCACAUGGUGCAUGAAUAUCAAGUUCAAAAAAUCCAUACGUUUGUCUCUUUGGAAAACAUUCCCAAGUUGUCUGGUUAGACUGACAACUCUAAAACAUGUGGCUCUGACAACAGCAGUGAUGGAAGAUGCAACCUUAAAGGUUGUUUUACCACAGGAAGGAAGAAGACAUGACACUCAUGAAUAAAAAAUAAAUAGUCUGGAACCUGUGAGGUUUAAUUGAACCGGUUAGUUUCCUGCUUCAGGACGCUCUAAGGAUAUUGGAUAUAUCAUUCUAAUCAUCCCCACAUAAGUUGAGAUAAGAUAUACUUUAUUGAUCCCACAGCGAGGAAAUUCACUUGUCACAGCAGCUCACAGUACAUAAGGUGGAUAAGAAAAAUACUCAGAAAUAAAUAAAUAGAGGUGCACCGAUGGCUCAAUUGGUACAGAGGCCUCUCUUCCUGCAGUGACCCGGUUUCAACUCCAGCCUGUGGUCCUUUGCUGUGUGAUGUUCCCCCUCUCUCUGUCCAUGCUGGUGUCUGUCUUCAGCUGUCCGGUCUCACAAGUUGAAAACCGUCCAGAGUUACCAGAGAGUCUGAAGUGAAUUCAUUCAGCCACAUCUCUGUGGUGCUACACUCGAUACUCCCUCUGAAGCCUGGCUUAGCACCUCAUACAUCCUCAUCAAGAAAGCAAACAAACUGAAUGUUAAGAUUGUUAUCGCUGGUUUUGUGUUUGUACUUUGACCAUUAGGCUUUAGAUACACCACGGAGCAUCCGAGAGGUUCCAGCGAGCAUUUCAAGACCCAAUUUAAAAUGCUGUGUAGAUACAGGCGGCUGCUUAUGCAGUGUAAGCUAAGUAGAUGGAGGCUUGUUUAUGAUCAGUAAGUGUCUCUGGUAGAUUCUUAGAUCAAAAACAAAUUGUGUGCACAUUUUAUGAACUUCACUUCAGAAUGUGUAAACCAGUUGUAUAUCAUUUUUGCACAGUCAUGCACUGUUUAAAGUGCUUUGUAGCCAUGAUAUAUCAAUAAUUGUCUGUGGCCACAGCCAGAGUUUUUCAUCUGAAGUUGGAACAAAAACUCUUUUUUUAUUUAAAUGCUUGAAACAGGGAAUAAUGCAAUGUAGUUAAAGCUGGGCUGAAUCCUUCUUUAACUAACACCGAAUUCAGUAUCCCUUCGAUAAGUCAACUAACACGUCAUAUCUCACAAAUAUACUGAUCAAUUUGUAGCUACUUUCCACAAAACACCUCGAGUAUGUUGUUUGAUCUGUUCAAACACAUUUAAAAUAGUACUAACCAGUGUUGUAGCACUCAAGGUUUUGAGACCGGGCUCAAGACUACUUUUUAAAAGCCUUAGUCUCGUCUCAGUCUCAAACAAAAAAGGACUCUGGAUAUUAGUUCAAGACCACAACUAUGGAGAUAUCAAUUAGUUGUCUGUGCAUGUCUGGUAGGAGGCAUCAGCCAAAUCUUCUGGACUAGGUUUGGUUUCCUAAACCACAAAGAGUUCAUCUGCAAAACAGCAGAUGUAAAUACUUCAAGGUGACCCGGUGUAGUAAUCGUGCUUCACCUAAAGAGUUUUGGUGAAUAUCAGUUUCCUACGUAGGCUAUAUACUGUCUGGUCUUGGUCUUGUGUCGGUCUCAACCCCUCAAAGUCUUGUUCUUCUCUAUCUCAAUACACUCUACACUUGUAGGAUUCAGCCCAGCUCUCCAUCUUAUAUCUUCUCUUUGCUUGAUAUAAAACACAGGUGCCUGUUAGUGCUUCUACGCUCCUCUGCCAGCGAGGACGACCACAUAUUGCAAAACAGUUUAGAAAACUCAGCAAACAGUUAGAGCAACAACAAGCUUCUGAGCUGAAAUGAUAGACAAUCCCCUAAAAACAACCCCCCCAAGCCCCCUACCCAGAAAAUGUAUGACCCUUUGACGAUGCUGCUUUUAAAGACAAAUAACUAAUGCAUUUUAAGCAUGUGCAACAUGGGCCAGAUUUUAGACACAGUGCUAGAAAACAGAAAUACUUUUUGGAAACAACAUGUUCCAAUAUACUAACACUGGUAGCAUCAGCUCUGAGGUUAACUGUAAAUCCCAUUUUAUGCCACGCUAACUUCAUCGUGCUAACUCUGGCUGAGGCUGAGCACUAUUUGCUGAUGCGGCCCUGAAUACUGUAUGCCUGGAUCAGACUCAACAUAACCCCCUUCCCCCUUUUUGCUUAGUAUGUGCCUCUUCAUGGAAAUGGCUUAUUUUUUCCUAAAUACUGACGAACAUUCAUACGAGUCAGUGUUUUACUCUUUGCAAUAAAUAAUCUUUACCUGCUGCACCACAGUGACAAAAGAUAAACCCGGUUGCCCUUGUCCAUGCAUACAGUAAAUGACCCAUAGAUUCAUGAUUUAAACGAUCGUGGCAUCUCUCAGAUAGCAGGCUGAGUAGGGGGGCUGUAGUUUAAGUGUAAGCAGGAAAUAAGACAAGUGAUGCUCUCAGUGUAGCCCACUGACUGUGCCAAACAGGGAUGAAUCCUACUGAGCAUCACAUCAGGAGAUGAAUGUAUCUGCAUCACACUCAAAACAGUGAAAUACAAAACACAAAAACACAUCUGUUGCACGUUCAAGACACUGAAUGUCUGGCUUUAAAAAAAGAAAUACCUCUGGAGAGUGGACAGAUGUGUGGCGUAAACACUGUGUCAGGUCAGAUAUAAACGUACCUCCCCUAUAGUUGUGACAGGUUGUUGAAUGAGCGUACUGUACAGUGAAGUGUGAAUGUCUGCUGGUUUCUGAACCUCACUGUUAUAUUUAUAAUAAUGUGCCUCCACAUUAAAGUGGCUUUAGUCACUGGCUUGAAGCAAUAUUAUAAAGGUUGCGUGUAGGCCACUUUAAUAAGAUGUAUAUUUUUGUGUAUCCGUAAUCCAAACAAGCGUCGGCUUGUCGCGUUGAUCAUCCGAGUGAGACGACAAGAAAUCAAACAGCACACACGGGGAAGUAUUGCUGAGAGUCUUCAAGGUCCUGUGAAGUGACAUUGUUAUUCAAAAAGGGAUCAAUCAUAAAAGAAUUGUUUGACAUUUGCUUUGUUGCCGAAAGUUAGAUGAGAAGAUUGAUACCACUCAUGCGUGCAUGUCUGUUAUAUAUGAGGCUACAGCUUGCCUGGCUCUGUCCAAAAGAAACAAAAUCCACCUACCUGCACCUUUAAAGCUCACUAAUGAACAUGUUUUUUUUUAAUCUGUACAAAAUCUGAAGUAUAAAAAUGUAAAAAAAAAAAAAUGUUGUACCACAGGGUUAUGUGCAGGAGUCUCCACUGGUUGCCUGAAACGAGACAAAAUGUGUUAAUUGGUGAGCUUUAGAGGUGUUGCUGGGCAGAUUAUAGCAUUUGUGGACAGAGCAAGGUUAGCUCUUUCCUUCUGUUACCAGUAUUUUUGCCAAGCUAAUCUAAUAGUCUACUGGCUCCAUAUUUAAGAGGGCAGAAAUGUGAGGCAAGAAAGUGAAUUAAUGUAUAACGAAGACAGCUUUUUGCAGGAUCAUACGAUGAAAUAAUUGUGUUGCAAUAACUGAAUUGAAUUGUUGAAGAGUGACUUUUCUCUCUGUCAGUGUGAUCUGUUUGAAUUGCCGCCUCACUCAAUCGAUGAAUCAAGCAAACCGAACUUGAGGAAUGUUGAGAUUGUGUCGGUGUGGGCCUUUACAAUGACAAGCAACUCUAUGCAAAUCACAACAGAAGUGACGGUUUGUCACACUGCACCUUUGAGUUACUGUGACAGGUCUGUGAGCAAUACCACCGUAAGGAGAUGUCCUGGAUCAUGGAGUUGUGAUGAUGGGAUGCAGGGUGAAUGGGGAACAUCCAGAGAGGGAGCAUGGAGUUAACUGGAGCCCCUGUACUCUAUCAGACCCUGCAGAGCGUAUAGACUGAGUCAAGUCAUACUCCACCGCCGCUCUCUGCACUCAAAUAUACAGCUAUAAUGCUCUGGCUCACCCUCAAAUGAUGUCUCCAUUUUUAACCUCUCAUCCAUGCAUAUCAGCCCUUGAUCUCUUUAAUAUAGAAACUCUAAUAAAGUUUUGAAUAAAAUACAUCUUGUCCUGCUGUUUGUGUGAGUGCAACACUUGAUGUUUGAUGGCAGUGCCUCCUGUUGGGCUGAAGGAGGAAGAACACACAGUUAAACCUGCACAAUAAAGCAAAUGUUGCUGCUGAAAAAUA